GGCUCAUCUUCCCUAUUCAGGCAAAAGAGGGUGGAGAAAGGCAACACUACUCCAAAUGCGAAUGCAUGCAUGAAUGAUGCAGCAUAAUCUCUGGCCCCUUGGCUUGUGAUGAUCUUUCCUUUGUCCUUCUCUCUACAAGAAUCACAACAAGCAAUAUUCAUGUUGACAACACCACAAUCACCAAAUUGAAAGACGCAAACAAGUUGCUGUAGGCAAACGGAUGAUUAGCUUGCUGGCAACAAGCGGAUCGGUUUGCUAAGCACCGCUUUCUAACUUCCAAGCAAACAUUCUUGUGUGUCCUUCUCCCAUUACCUCAAUCACCAUGUCUACCUCUGAUCGUAGCAAAGGCAAUCCACGUAAAGUGGAAAUGCCAGUUCCAAAUGAACCAAAAGAAACAAAUUCAAUCAUUUUCGAAUGGCCAUUACGUGGCUUAAAGGAAAUGUUUGAUUCUUCAAAAAGUGACGCGAAAUCAAAAGUCAUCAAAUCAACACCUUUUGGUGGUGGUCGUUGGACGGUGCUGUUUUAUGCUCAAAGUGGUCAUGAUCAAUUCUGUUCUCUUUAUCUCAAUGCUGAGCCAUUGCCACAUGAACGCAUUCAUCCAUUAUUGGGAAACGCUUCGCCAAAUGUGGACAACGUACGUGGAUCAGCGAUUGGCAGUAGUAGCAAGAGCAAGGGCGAGACUGGAUUGGAAGAGAGAUGGGCACGUAAAGGGCUGUUCAGGUUCACAUUCAACAUUCAAGUCAUCGAAGAUCGAACGGUAUUGGGCAACAAGGAAGCUUACGAUCAUGCUUUCUCACACAAAACGUCCAAUUGGGGAUGGGCCCAGUUCGCCAAACGAGAUGCAGUGUACUAUAAGAACCCCGAAGUGAUUCGAGAAGAUGGUCUCCUGAUCACCGUCACCAUCACCUCAAGCCCAGAGAAACCAAAGAUGGCCGAGCCUAUCAGCCAUACCGUUCCACCUAUCUUGGUACAAGCAAUGGGAUCCCUUUUAGAUGAUCCAGAACAUAGCGAUGUUGUGUUUCAUCUGCAUCCUUCCCGCCGCAGAGCUAAAUCCAGUCGAUCUGGUAUUCGUAAGGUGUAUGCCAUUCGAAAGAUUCUUGCAGCACGAUCAGACUAUUUCCGCUUGAUGUUCGAAGGAGGCUUCCAAGAAGCAGAGGCGGAGGAAUCAUCAGAUGAAGAAGAAGCAGCCGGUCCGCUCAGGAACAGCGCAGCACAUACAGACUCAGCAGCCAAAGCAGGAUCACGCGGAGGAUACGAAGUGGGAGACGAUGAAGACUAUGGCAACGAAGAAGAUGAAGAAGAAGAGGAAGAGUAUGAUGAAGACGAAGAAGAGGAAGAUGACGAUCAAUCACCCAUAUGUGAAGAUUCUGAUGAAGAUUUCGAGGAAGAUCGUUUGUCAAACCUGUCUCCAUACCAUUCACGGGUUCAUACCCCAGCAGAAUCAAGCCAGCGUGAUUUUGCUGGCAGCGGCUGCAAUAGUCCCAACGAGGAUGACGAGGCUGGGUCCUCACAGCUGAGAAUUCGAGAUGACGCAUUCAAGAAUGUCGCUAAUGAUCGAGAGACUGGUAAAGUGGCAUUGCGCUCAUCCAACCGACUUCGUACGGGAGAUUUUUCACGCAGUAUUGAAAACAUUUCCCACGAAGAAAGAGGAUCUGAUAGCCCUUUCAAUGAUGAGGAAGCAUCAAGCACGAACGCAAAGGCUGCCCUUGCUCAAUCUUCUCCCAAGAAUGGCAAGGCAGACGGCACAACGGCUACCACAAAGACCUUACUGCAGAAGAGAAGCCGAAGCGGCAUGAAUGAUACCGUUUCCAAGCAAAGCCAGGCAAACGAAGGUAAAUCUGAGCAUGAUCGUCGCAAGAGACGUAAAGUGAAUGUGAUCGACAGUGCAUAUCCAACCUUUAAGGCUUUGUUGUACUUUUUGUACACCGACACGAUCGAAUUCGCACCGCUGACAUCCAGCUUUUUACCUGCUGAUGUGACUGCUGAUACGGGUUCGAACAAUUUGCUGUCUUCCAGCGGCCGUAGCAGAAGACGAGGAGACGUUGGCAGUCUGGUAGAAGAAAUGGCUAAAGCACAUCGAAGGCGAAAAGCAGUGAUUGAGACAUACUGUGAACGUAAUCCCGGCAAGCCAAGCCCAUGUUCGGCAAAGGCGAUGUACAGAUUGGCAGAUAAACUGGACAUUCCCGAUUUAAAGAAACGUGCACAAGAACAUAUCGCGAUGAGCUUAACGGUUCAUAAUAUCGUUUGGGAGACAUUCUCAGGGUACAAUACGCAAUUCCCAGACAUUUGUGAUAUGGAAAUUGAUUUCUUGUUGAAACAUUGGUCACAAGUGAAACGCAGUAAUGCGAUCAAAUCAAUCUUUCAGCGUUCAAACAAUCUUCCUGGUAUUGAAUUGGUUUUGCCUAAAUUAUUGGAACGUUUGGAUUACCGACCUCCAGAUGUUGAUGAGAACGAAGAAGGAUCAUAUUCGUAGAAAGAGAGAAGAAGGUUUUUUUAUUGUAUUCAUAUAACGACACACAUUUGUAUAUAUUUUAUUUACAUCCAACAAUUCCAUUUUCGUUCCUGGUG